AAGAGGAAAUCAGAAGCUCCACUGCAGCUCUAUCCAUCACAACACCCAUCCACCCAGACAGGCCUUGCCCUCUCUCUCACCCAGGAGCACUGCCUCAAAGUCGGACAUGGACAAGGGCCCAGCUCCCUCCAACGCCAUCGUGCUGCCAUUCAAAGAAGACACUGCGCUGACAGAGCAGAUGCGCCUUCGUGUGUCGUUCUUGCAGCGGUCGGGGCAGAAGCGUCAGGACGGCGAGCGCCUGAUCCUUCCUCAUGAGGCUGUGUAUCGGCUGGACUUUGACAUCCAGGAGCUGAACUUCUCUCGCUGGUACGUCUCCCUCUCUGGCUACGGCCGCGUCACCAUCACCGGUACUUCCCAGCACUGGACCCCUGACCUCACCAAUCUGAUGACUCGUCAGCUACUGGAACCGAUUGGAACGUUUUGGCGUAACACCGGCGACCCGGAAGACUCACCACUCAAAUGCCUGGAGGCGGACAUGGAGGAGUUCGGCGAAAGAAUUGCUGAGCUGGCCAAGGUCAGGAAGGUCAUGUACUUCCUGUUUGCUUUCAAGGACGGGGCAGAAGCAGCAAAUUUCAGCUGCUGGGUGGAGUUCACCCCAGGGAAAUGAUUUGUCACUUGUUGCAAGUGGAAAUCUGUUAGAAUAGGAAAAGCACCUCAUUAUUUCAUUUGUUCUGUUCAGUCUCUAACCCUUAUACCUAAACCUGACCUUAAAAAAUCCACACAACAGAAAACGCUUCAGCUCCUUCAGUGAAAUACACCAACAUAGAUGUUAAAUUCUUUCUUCAUUUCUGAGCCUCACCGAUUAAGCUGGAAUUGUGCAGCAACAACAUUGUUGUUCUGUGGUUUUG